UUCAGUCACGUGUUCGAGUGACAGUUGUCUGCAGUGUAACCAACUUAAACCCCUAAAUCAAGAUUUUGAAUAAUUUUUACAUCUUCACAGUUUUUUAACUAUUUUUACCAUAAAAACCACUCAAAACAACAAACUUAAUUUAAUUUUUGAGGUUAUGUUCAAGUGAAAAACGUGUUUAAACGGGCCUCACAAUGUCCAGAAACAUCCGAAAGCACGACACGGGUCCCAAACAUCUCUCUUUCGACUCAGUUGUCUUCUCUAUGUUUACAAAAGAAGAAAUCAAGAAGCUUUGUAUUACGAAAAUAAGUACCCCUUUGACUCUGGAUCCUUUGGGACACCCUUUACCUGGCGGUCUCUACGAUAAAUGUUUGGGCCCUAUGACUGAAAAAAGCGAGCCAUGUGGCACUUGCCGCAAAAAUAUUUAUUUCUGUCCGGGACAUUUUGGGUAUAUUGAAUUGCCUUUGCCUGUUGUUAAUCCGAUUUUUUAUCGCAUGAUUGGGACCAUUUUGAGGAUGAGUUGCUUGAGUUGUUUUCGUUUUCAAAUUCCAGAACAUGUGAAAUAUUCAAUUACGCUUCAAAUUAGACUUUUAAAUUGCGGGUUAGUAACGGAGGCUGUAGAAAUUUCUAACAGUAUCGCUGAAUUGAUUACGGUUCACGAGUCCUUGGAGAAUAUCCCUGAAGAUGCUGUUAUGCCGAUUCGAAAGUACGAAACGUUAGCUCAGGAAACGUUUGAAAAUUUAAAUGGGAAAUAUAUUUUGACAAAAAAUACCGAAACUUUACGAAAUCGCUUCGUAAACGAAAUGUUAAGAGAAGUGAAGCCAAGGAGAAUUUGUAUGCAUUGUAGACAUACAAUGGAAAAGAUACAAUUAUUAAGGAAUAAAAUUAUUCUAUCGAAUCGGAGGAAAGAAGAAAAAAAAGAUUCAGAGGUUUUGGGGCGAGUGAAGGCUUUUGAGGCUAAAUAUGUCACGCCUGAUGAAUCGCGGACUUACAUGAGGAAAAUAUGGGAGGAGGAGAAGGACCUAAUGAAAGAAAUUAUCGCGGUUUUGGGGGGAAUACAAGGAGAGCAUCCAACUGAUGUUUUUUACUGGGACAUCAUACCUGUGGUUCCCCCAAAUAUGAGACCGGUCAAUGUUGUUAGUAAUCGUAUAAGUGAGCAUCCAACGUCGCAAUUGUAUAAAAAUAUAAUUCAUAAUACAAUUCUGUUGAGAUUGAUUAUUCAAGUGGUGAAGAAUAAGGGUGACCUGAGUAGUCUUCCACCGGAAGCUAAGGGCGCUUACAACGUAUCCAAAGGCGACUCUCCCAUCGAAAAACUUAACCUCGCUUGGGAAUCCCUCCAAAGCGAGGUCGACUCCCUCAUCGAUAGCAGUACCAUCCGUAACGCAAACGUCUGUGGCUUGAAACAAAUCAUCGAGAAAAAAAAUGGAAUUAUUCGCAUGCACAUGAUGGGAAAACGUGUCAAUUUUUCAGCUCGGACUGUUAUUACUCCCGAUCCAAAUCUCAACAUUGACGAAAUCGGAAUUCCGGAAGCUUUUGCUAAACAUUUGACGUAUCCAGUACCAGUGACGUCAUGGAACGUCGAAGAAUUACGUAAAAUGAUAAUGAAUGGACCGGAUGUGCAUCCGGGAGCUGUCAUGGUGGAAUACGAGGAUGGGACAAUAAAACGGAUAAACACAAGUAAUACCACACAACAAGAGAGUAUAUUGAAACGACUUUUGACGCCUGAUAAGAUUGUGGGUUUCCGAGGUGUCAAACGUGUGCAUAGACAUUUGUGUAAUGGCGAUAUUCUUUUGUUGAAUCGACAGCCGACUUUACACAAGCCAAGUAUAAUGGCGCAUACGGCGCGAGUUUUAAAAGGUGAGAAGACAUUCAGAUUGCAUUAUGCCAAUUGUAAAGCAUACAAUGCUGACUUUGAUGGCGACGAAAUGAAUGCACAUUUCCCACAAAAUGAAUUGGCAAGAAGCGAAGCUUACAAUUUAGUCAACGUUUGUAACCAAUAUCUUGUACCGAAAGAUGGCACUCCAUUAAGUGGCCUCAUCCAGGAUCAUAUGAUCGCCGGCGUGAAAUUAUCACUUCGAGGACGGUUUUUUAACGAAAUUGAUUACAAACAUUUUGUUUUUCAAGCUUUAGCAAACAAAACCGGUAAAAUUAUUCUAUUACCACCUGCAAUACUCAAACCGUGUCAAUUGUGGUCGGGCAAACAAAUUCUGUCAACUGUCAUUAUUAAUAUAAUACCAGAAGGCCAUGUACGUAUCAAUUUGACAGCGACGGCGAAAAUCAGCGCUGAGGCGUGGCAAACAUCCCCGGCCCGAAAAUGGAAAGGGGGCGGAACCCGUUUCAUAAAUUCCAAUACGAUGAGCGAAGCUGAAGUUGUGAUACGAGGUGGGGAAUUGUUAGUGGGCGUGUUGGACAAGACGCAUUACGGAGCCACGCCCUAUGGUCUCAUUCACUGCAUGUAUGAAUUGUAUGGGGCGAUUUAUGCAACAGGUCUUUUAAGCGCAUUGGCGAAGUUGUUUACGAGGUUUCUGCAAAAGGAGGGCUUUACACUGGGCGUUCAUGAUAUUUUGACGGUGAAGAAAGCGGACGAGAGGCGGCGCGAAAUCAUCGACGAAUUGCGAGAAAUCGGUCUUGAUGUGAUUACGACCGCGCUCGACAUGCCCCACGACACCCCAAUCGAGGAAAUCGUCGAAAAAAACCGAGAAAACAUCGUAACAAACCCAAAAUGGAGAGCAACUGUGGACCGGCAAUACAAAAUCGCUCUGGAUUCGUUCACAAAUGACAUUAAUAAGACUUGUUUACCGGCGGGUUUACUGUUGAAAUUUCCAGACAAUAAUCUUCAAUUGAUGGUACAAUCGGGUGCUAAAGGUACCACCGUAAAUACUAUGCAGAUUUCGUGUCUUUUGGGUCAGAUUGAGUUGGAGGGUAAACGACCCCCGACUAUGAUAAGUGGCAAGUCUUUGCCUAGUUUUCCGAUUUUUGAGUUUGCACCACGUGCUGGUGGUUUUAUUGAUGGCAGAUUUAUGACAGGGAUACAGCCACAAGAGUUUUUCUUUCAUUGUAUGGCAGGUCGUGAAGGUUUGAUUGAUACAGCUGUCAAAACAAGUCGUAGUGGGUAUCUACAGAGGUGUCUAAUUAAACACUUGGAAGGUUUAACGGUUGGAUAUGACUUGACAGUUCGGGAUAGUGACAAGAGUGUUAUUCAGUUCCUGUAUGGCGAAGAUGGAAUGGAUAUUUCAAAAUUGCAAUUUCUCAAUACGAAACAGUUGCCUUUCUUGGCUGAUAACAGUAAGGUUAUGAUUGAUAAGAAAGCACUGAAAAUGUUAAAAGAUGAACAUCAGAAGUCGGUUAAAGCUCACAAACAACAAUUGACUGAAUGGUGUGAAAAAUUCGGACAUCCAUUACAGAGAGAACGAAAAAGUCCAUUUUCUCUAUUUUCAUCCGUGGUCCGUGCUAAAGUCAAAGGUACAGAUUUUGGUUCUAAAGAAAUGACCAAAUUGUGGAAAAAAGCCGACGAAGAUAUCAAAGAAGGCUUUCGUCAACAAUGCAUCCCAUGCCCUGACCCUGUCAAUUCCAUCUACCAAUCGGACCAUCACUUCGGUUCCCUCAACGAAAAACUCGAAGAGCUUAUGAACACUUACCAAUCCACGAACAAAAAACAAACCAGACAAUUCCAAAACAUGCUAAAACUCAAAGCAAUGCGUUCAUUGUGUGCUCCGGGCGAACCUGUAGGUCUUCUAGCAGCGCAAUCUAUCGGUGAACCUUCGACUCAGAUGACCUUAAAUACGUUCCAUUUCGCCGGUAGAGGUGAAAUGAACGUCACUUUGGGUAUACCACGUCUGAGAGAAAUCUUGAUGAUGGCAUCGAAAAACAUCAAAACGCCGUCGAUGGAAAUACCAUUCUUACCUGUGGAAAAUCUGGAAGAGAAGGCGGACAAUUUAAGGAAAAUGUUGACGAGAGUCGUGGUUGCUGAUGUUUUGGAAAAAGUUGAUGUUACUGUUGAAUUGACGGUUGAGCCGAUUAGGCAACAGAGAUAUACUUUGAGGUUUCAGUUUUUACCCAGGAAAUACUACAAAAAUGAUUUUUACGUCGGACCUAAGUACAUUUUGAAACAUAUGACGAGAAAAUUUUUCGGGGAAAUGUUCUCAGCUAUAAGGAAAUUAUCAAAAGUGACCUCAAAUUUAGUAAUGAUGGAGGAGGAAAAACGUCAAGUAGCCGCAAACACCAAUGGUGACAAUGAUGAAGGAAACAACGAACUAAACGCAAACGAAGAUAGUUCAGACGAAGAACCUGAAGACGUUGAAGAUGCAAAAACCGGUAACAAAUUCAAACAAGUCCACGACGACCAAGAACCGGAAGAAUCUGAACGUGAAGACUCGGAAACCGAAGAAACCAAAACACUACCGCCACCUGUAGACCAAAAAGAGAACGAAGUUGUGGUCGAAAGUUACAGUUUUGCUCAAAACUACAUCUACGACACGAAAAAACACCAAUGGUGCGAAAUUACAUUCGGUCUCCCGCUCGAAUUCAAAAAACUUGACUUGACUGCCAUCUUGCGUGAUGUCGCUGCGAAAUCCGUGCUGUGGGAAACUCCCAGCAUUAAAAGGGCCAUCACCUAUAUGAAAAAUAACGUUUUGAUGCUGCGCACCGAUGGUAUAAAUAUUCUAGAAAUGUCAAAACACCAUGCCGUCUUGGAUUUGAACCGAUUGUAUUGUAAUGAUAUACACAAGAUGGCCGAAACAUACGGAAUUGAAGCCGCCAUGAAAAUUAUAGUGAAAGAAGUCCAGGAUGUGUUUAAUGUGUAUGGGAUUAAGGUCGAUCCGCGCCAUCUGUUGUUGAUUGCUGAUUAUAUGACGUUUAAUGGGACUUUUGAGCCUUUGAGUCGAAAAGGUAUGGAGAAUAGUGCGUCACCUUUCCAACAGAUGACGUUUGAAUCGUCGCUCACUUUUCUUCGCAACACUACCAUUGGAGGAAAAAGAGACAACUUGACAAAUCCCUCCAGUUGUUUGAUGGUCGGAAAACCCUGUCUUACAGGGACGGGUUGUUUUGAUGUAUUACAUAAAAUGUCAGCUAUGUGAGGGAUAUGUUUGAUAAAAUAAAGUCUUGGAUAUA